GACGUUAAAGGCGACCGUGCCUGCCAGCGACUGUCCAUGAGCCCCGAAUAUCCUGCCAGGACUCCAGUCUCCUAAACACACGGCUCAAGCCCCAUAGUAAUCCAGUCACUUGUCAGUUUCAAAAGUGCGCGCUUUUCUGCCGAGUUUAAUUAACCGUGUUAAUAGUAAAUAAAACUAAAUACAUCUCCAAAAUGCCUUUCGCCAACGAGCAACUGAAUCUGGUGGCCAGCGAGCAGCUGAGCAAAACGGAGACCAUCAAGCUGCGCAACCAGCACAUCGGGCAAGCCUGCCAGCUGUUCUACCGCUCUGACCCCCUGAAAAUUGUGCGCGGCCAAGGUCAAUAUAUGUUCGAUGAGGAGGGCACCCGGUAUCUGGACUGCAUCAACAAUGUGGCCCACGUGGGUCACUGCCAUCCGGAGGUGGUGCGAGCUGGAGCCCUGCAGAUGGCCACCAUCUCGACGAACAACCGCUUCCUCCACGACGAACUGGUCCAGUGCGCCCGCACGUUGACCAGCAAAAUGCCGGAGCCGCUGUCCGUUUGCUUCUUCGUCAAUUCCGGAUCCGAGGCCAAUGACCUGGCCCUUCGACUGGCCCGCAACUUCACUAAGCGCCAGGAUGUUAUCACUCUCGACCAUGCCUAUCAUGGUCAUCUGCAGUCCGUGAUGGAGGUGUCUCCAUACAAAUUCAACCAGCCCGGCGGCGAGGCAAAGCCCGACUACGUGCACGUGGCUCCCUGCCCGGACGUGUACGGCGGAAAGUUCACGGACAAGAUGUAUCCGGAUGCGGACAUGGGCGCCCUGUAUGCCCAGCCCAUUGAGGAGAUCUGCCAGAAGCAGUUGGCCAAGGGCCAGGGCGUGGCCGCCUUCAUCGCCGAGAGUCUGCAGAGUUGCGGUGGCCAGAUCCUGCCACCAGCCGGAUACUUCCAGGCUGUCUACGAUGCUGUGCGCUCUGCCGGAGGAGUAUGCAUUGCUGAUGAGGUUCAGGUGGGCUUUGGACGCGUGGGCAGCCACUACUGGGCCUUCGAGACCCAAAACGUAAUCCCCGACAUCGUGUGUGUGGCCAAGCCCAUGGGCAACGGUCAUCCGGUGGGCGCGGUAGUCACCACUCCGGAAAUCGCUCAGGCCUUCCAUGCCACCGGCGUGGCCUACUUUAACACAUAUGGCGGCAAUCCGGUUUCCUGUGCCAUCGCCAAUGCCGUGAUGCGCGUGAUCGACGAGGAGGAACUGCAGCAGAAGGCCCUUGUGCUGGGAGAUUACCUGUUGGAGGAGUGCAAUCGUCUGAAGCAGGACUUUGAGUGCAUUGGCGAUGUGCGUGGCGCUGGACUCUUCGUGGGCAUCGAGCUGGUGCAGGAUCGGAAGGAGCGCAUUCCCGACAAGAAGGCUGCCCACUGGGUGGUCAACCGGAUGAAGCAGCUGCAUCGGGUGCUCGUCUCCUCCGAUGGUCCCAACGAUAACGUGAUCAAGCUAAAGCCGCCCAUGUGCUUCAACCGGGAGAAUGCGGACGAGUUCCUGCUGGGCUUCCGCGAGUGCUUGACCGCCGUGAUGCAGGAUCGACUGGCCAGUGCCACAACCGCCGCCAUGGCUGCCACAAGUGGCGUCAUUGCCACUGCCUCGGAGACCCUGGCUAACAAGACGAAGCUCUUCGAGCGGCAGGAUCGCCUCAUCAAGUCCGUCUGAGGCAGUGCCUGCUGGUUGGCCAAUGCCACCACCAACAACGCCUCCUCGCCCGGGCACAAAAUAGCUUUAGCCACCAAGGAUAUUUAAAUUAUUCCAUGAUCCCCAUGUCCUUCUUUUGUUCUCCUCCCCAUACAAAAGUAGACGUAAUGCCCACAAUUUACAUUUGAUUAGCUGUAAUGUCAAAAUGUUUUUUGCCUAGAAGUAGUAGCCCCAUUUAUCUGUAAUCUACAUUUAUAUUUUUACGCUGUAUAAUCAUUAUCCUGUUCGCCAAUUAUCUUCUAGUAUCUAGAAACGUAGGGAGCUCAAAACGAAUUUCUUGAAUUGUUAUAUCUCCAGCACGAUGUAUAUAUGAAUUUAUGAGUAUAUUUAGUAUAAUAUGUUACAAAUGUUAUUAAACAGUUACGUAUAUUUUGUAUAAA